AUGGAUGCGCUAAACGCGACCACCUUCGCGUCCUUUAACCAGACCAAGGACUACUUUGUUGUCCUCGAGGAGGUUUCCAAGUACAAUGUCCAGCUCAACAUUGUCGAAAAGCUCUGGGCCGCUUGGUACCUCUGGAUGCAGAACGACACCCUCGCGACCGGAAUCAUGAGUUUCGUCCUUCACGAGCUCGUCUACUUCGGCCGCUGUAUUCCCUACAUGAUGAUGGACUACAUCCCCUAUUUCCAACAAUUCAGAAUUCAGAAGCAAAAGGUUCCCACUCUCAAGGAGCAAUGGGAUUGCGCCGCCAUCGUUCUUAUCAGCCAUUUCACCGCCGAACUUCCUCAGAUCUGGUUCUUCCACCCCGUCGCUACCUACCUCGGUAUGGACUACGGUGUGCCCUUCCCUCCCGUUUGGAAGAUGGCUCUCCAGAUCGCUAUUUGCUUCAUCAUGGAGGAUGCUUGGCACUACUGGUUCCACCGUGCUCUGCACUACGGUCCUCUCUACAAGGCCAUCCACAAGAUGCACCACACCUACUCUGCUCCUUUCGGUCUCGCCGCUGAGUACGCUUCGCCCAUCGAAACAGCUCUCCUCGGCAUUGGUGUUGUCGGAUGCCCCGUUGUCCUCCUUGCCAUUACUGGCGAGCUCCACCUCUUCACUAUGUACACCUGGAUCGUCCUCCGUCUUUUCCAGGCCAUCGACUCUCACAGUGGCUACGACUUCCCCUGGAGUCUGCGACACUUCCUUCCCGUCUGGGCCGGUGCUGCUCACCACGAUCUUCACCACGAGAAGUUCAUUGGCAACUACGCCUCCAGCUUCCGCUGGUGGGACUACUGCCUGGACACCGAGGCUGGCGCCGAGGCUCACAAGCGCCGUCGCGAGAAGAAGCUCGCCCAGAUCAAGGCCAAGAAGGCGCAAUAG